AUGGCGACCAGUGGCGCGCGUUGUGGUUCCGAGGACAAGUCCUCAGGUUCUCUUGAAGUCAGCAUCAUUCGAAGCAAAUCGGACACUCCGGUCCACGACAACAAACAUGCCUCUGCCUUUGGUCACACUGCCCGCUCAUAUGGCCAAGAUGAGGAACAAGGACAACCUCCAGAGGCGACAGACGAAGAGAUCAAGGAUUUACCCCAUAUCAAAGGAAAGGUACCUAUGGCAACCUGGAUCUUGGUCGUUGCCUGUGCUUCGACGAACUUCGCUCGUUACGGGAUAACGGCUAUAUUCCAGAAUUACAUCCAGAAACCCCGCGGCAACCCUUUGCUGCCCGGCGCUUUAGGUCUCGGUCAAUCGAAGGCGACAACGAUUCAGUUUGCCUUCCUCUUCUUCUGUUAUGUCACUCCUCUACCCAUGAGCAUCCUCUCGGACUCCCGACUUGGAAGAUUUACCACUAUGAUAGUGAGCAUGGGAUUUUUGAUGAUGGGUUAUGCCUUACUCAUCUUGACAUCGAUCCCACCAGCGCUUGACCACGGGGCGCGCGUCGGAGGCCUCGCGGCAGCAAUGAUACUCAUCGGCAUAGGUCAAGGCGGGAUGACAGCCACCAUGGUUGUAUUUAUCGGUGACCAAGUGCCAGACACGAAACCGACCGUUGUGCGCGUUAAGGAUAAGCUGGCUGUAGUUGACCGUAAGGUGACUAUUCAGUUCCUGUUCAACGUCCUCUUCUGGCUUGGUAAUCUAGCGGCCAUGUCAAUGCUGCCUACGACACUGCUGGAGAAGCAUGUCGGCUUUUGGGUCGCGUUUCUCAUGCCGACUUGCAUUAUGGCGCUUUGCGUUGCCGCGCUGCUCAUCUGCAACAAGAGUCUCGUCAAGCUUCCCCCUCAGGGCAAUGCCCUCUCACAAGCGUACCGUGUCCUUCUGAUAGCAUGCCGUUCGGGAUUCCGAUUGUCUGCGGCUGACCCAUCGAUCCAUCCGCAAAAGGCAGCAAACUCUUGGACGUCAAGCUUUGUUGGGGAGAUUCGCCGGGGCUUGACGGCAUGUCGCGUUAUGAUCUGUUUCACGAUCUUCUGGCUAUGUUACAACCAAGCGGGAAACAAUUUUGUCUCCCAGGCAAGCCAGAUGGAAACUGGAGGUAUCUCGAACGAUACGCUGCAGGUCUUCAACCCUAUCGCCGUUGUCCUUGUCAUGCCUAUCAUCCACCUCCUCCAGGAUCUCAUGCGAAAGUGGAAAGUUGCCUUUGGGCCUAUUCUGAGAAUGGCAAUUGGCUUUUUCGUCAUUGGAAUAGCCUUGGCCUACGCAGCUGGCCUACAACACUUCAUCUACUCCCGUGGGCCCUGCUUCUCACAUCCUCUCGCUUGCUCCGCCGCCGUUGACAAUGGAUCUUCUGCAUCUCACGAAAGACGACCAAAUGACAUCACAGUCUGGCUUCAGAUACCCUUAUACCUAUUACUCGCUAUCGGUGAGAGUCUUGGCCUGGUGGCACUGUACGAAUAUUCAUUCUCAGAGGCGCCAACGAACAUGAAGUCGCUCGUUCAAUCGAUUGGGCAGCUCACAGUAGCCUUGGCCUCAGUAAUCGGCGUAGCGUUAGGCCCAGUAUCAAAAGAUCCGUACCUUGUCAUUCUCUACGGCUGUCUUGCUGGGGUGAUAGGUGUUGGUGCUAUACCGUUCUGGAUGGUCUUUCAGAGGUACGAUUCAGAAUACGAGAGACAGACGGCGACGACGACCUAG